CUCUGCUGUUGACCCAACAAAGAGGUCGAUAGGAGACACAUAUCAAAUCCGUAGGAAUAACAAAGAAUUCUGGAAUAGAACAUUCGGAGAAUGCCACCGCUGAAGCCCGGACAAAAGUAUCCUACUCCGACGCCAGGGUUUGGUGACAGAGUCUUUUACGAAUCGUUACUAAAGCAGCGGCAAACAAGUGAAAUGGCACAAGACUGGUGAGAUCCAAUCGAUGCUACUUUGUUCCAUCAGAAGUUUUUAUGUAUGCUUGUCUCGUCAUUGUUGCUUCCAACUGGAAGCACGUUAGUAUGUGGUUCUUACGCGCUUUCAAAUCAGUUGCAAUGGACUGUUGCAUUUCAACAUCAUACUCAUUCACCAGAAUUAUUCGUUUCGCUGGGCUUGCCCUCUCUCUCUUGGUAUGUUUUGAUUUUGUUUUCAAUCGAAACAAAGGUGCCUGAACUACGGGAUCUUAUCUUACAAGAAAGCAGCAAAACUUCAUGCAAUUGUGACAGAACGAAAACGCAAGCAACGCAUGGGAGUAACGGGGACAUCUGCCUCAAAGAAAAGCAGAUCAUCCAGUCCUCCUCCACCGAAAAAGAAACGGGUAAAGAAAGAAGACGGUGUGGCGAGUCCCGUGAGAAGCGCUCACUUAUAGAGAGCUCAAAAAUUGGGCCCGCAUGAUCAGUAUUUCAUGGGUUUCAAUAGGAGAGAGGGGAACUGAAAAGGUUCAAUUUAUCGGGGAAUAAAAACAAUUUUACUCAUUGAGGUCUAUGCUCAAUUGUUGCCCUUUGUGUACAGUGUGCCAAAAGUAAAUACUGAUGAGGUUG